GAGGCUCUUAAUGCGGAAUAGUCGGGUGUGCAAGAUAUAAUACAUAAUGCAUAUAAAUUAUUUAUGGAUUGGCGAAAGACAAAAAAACUGUAAUUUACUUUCAGAAAAUGUGUGCCUUGCAUUAUUAAGUGCAAAAUCUAAAAUUUGGAAACCUUCAACUCUAUGGUCACAGUUUUCAAUGCUGCGUACAACUGUUAAACUGAACGACAAUGUUGACAGCGGAUUCUUCAAAAAGGUUAUAGCGUUUUUGAUGAAAUAUUUAAAAGGUUAUUGCCUGAAAAAGUCCAAAGUUUUUACUACCGAACAGGUAAAUAAGUUUCUGACAGAAGCUCUAGACAGUCAAUAUUUAGUAAAGAAGGUAAAAUAAAUAACUUUAUAUUAAAAUUAAUAAUAAAUAGAUCAAUAAAUUUUAAUAAAUAUAAUAAAUCAAUUAACCUUAAUUUAGAAAGCGUAACGAAUAAAAUAAUAAAUAAAUAAUAAAACUUUGAAAUACAAAAGUUUGUUGUUCUAGGUUAUCAUAAUAUUCGGAGUUACAGGCGCUUGCAGAGGC